CAGAAACUCUUCAAUGUCUUGUGUGUUACAGAUUUCACUGCUCCUGUCAGAUUGGAGAUGUGGCUCAUGAUAGUUCUGAUCCUUGGGGCUCCAGUUGCUGAGCAAGUGGCAGACCCCACAAAGGCAGUGAUCACCUUGAAGCCUCCAUGGGUCAGAGUAUUCCGAGAAGAAAAUGUAACCUUACUGUGUGAGGGACCCCAUCUGCCUGGGGACACCUCCACACAGUGGUUUCUCAACGGCACAGCCAUUAAGACCCUGACCCCCAGAUACAGUAUUAAUGGAGCUACAUUCAAUGACAGUGGUGAAUACAAGUGCCAGACAGGUCUCUCAAUGCCAAGUGACCCUGUACAGCUAGAAAUCCACAGUGAUUGGCUACUACUCCAGGUCUCUAGCAGAGUCUUCACAGAAGGGGACCCUCUGGUCUUGAGGUGUCAUGGAUGGAAGAAUAUGCUGGUGUACAAAAUGCUUUUCUACAAAGAUGGCAAGCCCUUUAGGUUUUCUCAUCAGGAUUCUGAAAUCACCAUUCCGAAAACCAACCUGAGUCACAAUGGCAUCUAUCACUGCUCAGGCGAGAUAAGGCGUCUCUACACAUCAGCAGGAGUAUCGAUCACUAUAAAAGAGCUAUUUCCAGCCCCAGUGCUGAGAACAUCCUUCUCAUCCCCUCACCAAGAGGGGUAUCUGGUCAACCUGAGCUGUGAAACAAAGCUGCCCUCACAGAAGCCUGGCCUGCAGCUUUACUUCUCCUUCUAUGUGGGAAACAAGACCCUAAUGAGCAGGACCACAUCCUCUGAAUACCAGACAUUUAUUGCUCAAAAAGAAGACCCUGGGCUAUACUGGUGUGAAGCUGCCACAGAAGAUGGGAAUUUUACCAAGCGCAGCCCUGAGCUGGAGCUUCCAGUGCUUGGCCUCCAGUCAACAACCCCUGUCUGGUUUCAUUUUCUUUUCUAUCUGGCAGUGGGGAUAAUGUUUUUGGUGGACAGUGUUUUAUGUAUUGUAAUACAUAAGGAACUACAAAGAAAGAAAAUGUGGAAUUUAGAAAUCUAUUUGGACUCUCUGGACUCUGGUCAUGGGAAGAAGGUACCUCCUACCUUCAAAAAUAUAGAAAUUAAAAGAAAGCGGAAACGUCAGAAACAAGAACAACAACUGCAAGAAAGGAAACACCAGGAGAAGCCCUGAGAGGGUGGACUGUGGCAGUCAUGCCGUGGGUGCCCAAACCCCUUCCCUUCCUCUCUGUGUAAGCACGGGGCACAAACAUCCAAACAUCGACAGACAUGAGAACUGUGACUCCCAUGGUACCUAACUCUUAAAUAAAGCAAAUAAAUGAGGUUGACUUCAAUGGAAAUAAACUUGGAAACUUGGUAACAAGGGUGAUUUGAAGUGAGACUUACUCUAAAGAAGUUUUUUUAAACUUGGAAGUCAAGUCUAACCUGAUUAUCCUAUUAAAAUAAUAAAUUGUUAUAAAAUUAUUA